AAUGGAGCUCUUGCAUUUGAUUCGUCUCUGACUAUCGAAGUCUGGACGACGUUGGUGUGGUCGGUGUGGCGUCUUGGUGUUCCUCCCGUUCGUACUCUGCUCUUUGGUGUCGAAGUUUGGGCCUUGCGAUCAUCGCGAAAAAGGUGGAAUUUGUGGUUAUUGGUUGAUAGUGAAGAUUGUAGACAUUGUUUUCGGAGGUGAACUCAAUUCUUUGAUUCAUAUGCGAUCGUUACGCUUGGGAAAUACAACUUCGAUAACCGUAUUGUGUGAAAAUGGAAGACUAAACUCAUGCGGCUUCAUGUUGUACUGUUACGACCAUGAAGAUGAUCAGUGUUGAGCAAUAGUGAAUUACUUACGGCAGUGUGGCAUUAUUUCGUCGGAAAUGAAUGGCCCACGCCGAAAACCAAGCAACAUGGGAGAAGUGUGUCGUUUGUGUUUGGCUGAAGACGAAAUCACUUCGCCAAUAUUUGGUGAAGAAGAUUCGUCAUCGGAAUCUCAAAUUCCUCUGUCCUUCAGGAUUAUGGCGUGCGUCUCCGUGGAGGUGUCAGAGAGUGAUGGAUUGCCAAAGGUCAUAUGUGAUAAAUGCCUGUAUCAUGUCAAUUCUUGGCAUGAAUUUAAACAAAUUUGUGAUGUAUCUCAAGCUACAUUGAAGGAAUGGCAAAAUAAUGCCAAAGAUAACACCUUGCUUGUAGAUAAGGAUGUUAUAAUUAAGCAAGAACCAGAAGAUCCAGAACCUGAAGAAGAUGUAAUGGAAAUCAUUGAUGAUCCAGUCAACUGUCAAUUCAUGGUGGAGGAUAUAAAACAAGAGGUGGACAUGUACGGUGAAGAGGCCCAGGAUUGUUUAUCUGUUGAGGCAGUGGAGGAGGAAUGUCUGGAUCCUCUUGGUAUGCCAGUAGCUUGCACAUCUAAUUCUAUAGCCAAAGAUAUUGAUGAUCCUGAUGUUGAAGUGGUUCCACAGACAGCAGGUGAUGUUUGUCAUUUGAGAAUUACUGAUAUCAAGACGGAAUGCGGAGAUGUUAUCCCUGUUGGUGAUGUGACAGUUGAACCGACUGAGGGCAGAUUAUUGCGCAGUGUGCUUCAAGGUAAAGCAAACAUACCCAUGUAUGUCAAAAAGGUACCACCAGAACCACAACUUGCUUAUCCGACGGUCAAACCUUUUAAUUGCCGUCUUUGUGAUAAAUCUUUUUCAUAUGCUUAUCUUUUAAAAAGACAUCAAAAGACACAUAAAGGUGAUCGAAAUGUUUGUGCUUUCUGUCAAAAAGGUUUCUCAACUCAUGCUUCACUUGUUCAACAUGUUCGAUUCUUUAAUGGAGUAACUUCAUCUCCAUAUACUUGUGAUCAUUGUCAACAAGAAUUUGCCUGUCGAACGCAAUAUCUCUCGCAUGCAGAUGGCUCUGAUGCCAGUGGGUGCAAUAUUGUGUUGUCUAGCAAAGACCACCCUCAGGAAGUCGAAGAAUUGCUAGAUGGAAGUGUACAGUGUGAAGUAUGUGGUGAAAAGUUUCCUUCUCAGAUGCUUCUGAGGCUUCAUUCAAGGAAAGAACAUCUUCAGUUUUCUUGUCAUAAAUGUGACAAGUCUUACACAAAUGGUGUGGCAUUAAGUAACCAUUUACGAAGUCAUACCCUUGGUGGAGUUAGACACCAUUGCGAGUCUUGUACUAGAACAUUUCCUACUUAUGAACUUCUGAAAAAACACGAGAGAACACACAUGAAAGAGAAUGCUGCUAUGACCAUAAUUCCUACAGAGAUUGUAUCCAAAUCCUCUGAUUAUGAUUCUCAAGAAGAGGCAAGUGUGCCUCUGUCAGAAAUAACAGGAUUUUUGGAUAGACCAAUCAAAGUGGAACCACCAGACAGUCCUGAAGUUAUUGAUGAACCGCAACCAUCUCCAACACCCUCGGGAAACGCUACUUCUCAGCAAUCCCAUGUUUGUCAUUUAUGUAAUGAACAUUUCCCUACAAUUGCUUCUUUAAGAUUUCAUCUGAAAGGUGUUCAUUUGCAUUAUCAAUGUCAUAGAUGCCCAAAGGUUUAUAGUAGUGGUGUUGCUUUGAGUAAUCAUUUACGCAGUCAUUCUUUAGGUACUUUUAAAAAGCAUAAAUGUUUAGCAUGCCUAAAAUCCUUUUCGUCACUUGAGUUGCUGACAAAACACAAGAAAAUACAUACCGCUCCAGGUGGCUUACAAUCUCUUACAGUUAGAACUCGCAGAUUAAAUAACUCGGUCCCUUCUGUAGAUAUUGAACAUCAGCUUGAACUACCAAACUUUGAAGAAAAUGAGAUUGAAGAUGUGAAUGAACCAUUGGUCAAACGUACAUGUACAGUAUGCAAUCUAGUUGCUGCUAGUCCCUCUGCUUUGGGACGCCACAUGGCAUGUCACACAAAGGAAAAAAUGUACACAUGUUCCGUUUGUCAUGUUUCAAUGAGCUACGCAUCAUCUUUACAGAAACAUUAUCGCUUGAUUCACAAUAAGCAUGUAGAAUUAAGAGCUAUUCAGAAAAAUUCUGUAGUAGAUGAUAAUGAAAUAAUACCUGUGCCUGAAACGCAGGAAGUGCCCCAACAUGAUUCUGGGAAAAUUGAAACUACUAGAUCUGGUAGAAGAAUUAUAUUCAAAAAGACAUUCAAAAUGGCAAGCCAGUUACAACAGGCCCAGCUGCCUCUUCCAUUUGAAUGUAAAGUUUGUCAUCGUACUUUUGCUUAUCGCUCAUUUCUGUUAAGACAUUCCAAGGUACAUAACAAGGUGACUAAGUUGCCGAAGUUGCCAAAGUUUACUUCUGGUGUUAAUUGCCCCAUUUGCUUUAAGAGUUUCCCAGAUGCUAAAACUCUUAACAACCACAAGGGAGUGCAUACUAGAUUCAAACAUUUUUCAUGUAAUAUUUGUGGGAAAUCAUUUAAUGGUCUGAAUGCAUGGCAGAAACAUGAACGUAUGCACCAGAAAGGCUUCAUAUAUUCAUGCAAAUUGUGUGGAAAGAAGUUCAUUUCAAAGGCAGAACUACACGAGCACAAAAAAAUGCAUAUAAAAUUAAAAAUUUAUACAUGUGCAGUAUGCAAAAAUUCAUACCAUAGUUCAUCAGCAUUAGGUAAGCACAAACGAAGACAUGGACAUUGGUAUGCCUCUCCAGAAAAUUCUGAGGUGUCAGAUAUAGAUAUUAUAAAUGGAUAUGAUUUGACUGUGACAAAGGCUCCUGUUGUUAAGACAACGGUUUUUAAGUCCCCUGUUGUGAAGACCACUCUCCCAAGAUCCCUUGUCAAUCCUACAAUAACCAAAGCUCAUUUGUCUAGAAAUAUGACUCACUUUCCGUCUGGAAAAAGACGACCAUGUUGUAAUAUUUGCCACAAAACAUUUAGUCACUUGUCUGCCUUAAGACGGCACAAGCGAUUGCAUGCUUUAAAGCCAGCUAUCCCAGCCACCCCAGAACAAAAAUUAAAUCCAAAUGUGGUUGAAACAGAAGAGAAUGCUUGCUUGACUUGCAACAGAACUUUUCCAGAUCAUGUUUCUCUAGUCCGUCAUAAAGGUUGGCAUACCAGGAGAGGUAAUGUAAUUUCUCCAGAACCUGCAGAUUCUUCUACUCCUCCAGGAAAACUGCCUAUAAAUCCCUUAUUUGUGAAGGUGGAGCCAGCUUCUAAUCAUCCUUAUCAGUGUCCUUUGUGUCAUAAAACAACAUUCACAACCGGAGCUGCCUUGGCAAGUCAUAUAAGAUCUCAUGCAAAUCAUGCAAGAAAUCGUGCAAAAUCUCAGGCAAAUCCUGCGAAAUCACAGGCUAAUCAUGCAACUCAAUCAGAAGCUUCUUCAAAAGCAGCUGAGAGAAGAACUGAGAAUUGGAAAGCAAAUGCUAAUGCAGAAAAAGGUGAGGUGUUGACAUCUCCCAGACGACUUGCUUGCAAGAUUUGCAAGAAGCCAUUUGAAAGUAAGAAAGCACUUAUAACACACAUAGGUUGGCAUUCUAGAGAUUCACAUAUGGGUAAACCUUUCCAUUCUUACAAAAAUAAGCUCACUCCCAAAAUUAGUUCUAUUGAUAAUUUUUCCUGCAAUGUUUGCCACAAAAUAUUUAGUUCUGCUGUAAUUUUGAGCCAGCAUAAGAAACUUCACACUCGAAAACUUCUGUCUAGUAUCAAGGAAAAAUCAGAGCAGAUUUCAGAGCUAACAAAAGGUGGUGCACACUAUCCUUGUACAGAAUGUCAUCGAUCCUUUAAACUUGAAAAGUACCUGCUACUUCAUAUGAGAUUACAUACAGGUGAGAAAAGGUUUAAAUGUAAUCUCUGUCCACAGGCGUAUCAUCGGUCAGGAUCCUUGUGGAAGCAUAAACGAACUCACCACAAUGUGAAAGUAUUUUCAUGUCCUAUUUGUCAGAAGCGAUUUGGCCUUAAAAUCCAGCUCACCAAACAUGUUGAAACCCAUCAAAAUUCUGUUGAUUUCUCGCAUACUGAUACAGUAUUUGCAUGUAGCAGGUGUGAUAAAACAUUUACAACUUUACUGAAGUACAAACAGCAUGAAAGAGUUCAUCAUGUCUGAAUAUAUCUUUAUUUCUUGUCCAUGAAAUUGUUCCUUGGAGAGUGGUCCUCUCCAGUUGUAAAUUUUUGAUCACUAGAUCAGGAAUGGGAAAAUUGUCAAAGGGUCAUCAAUGGAGCUGAGUGCGAUGGCCUUUCUUUCACUUGGAUGAAGUUGUUGGCUCUUUAGUUGUAUCUUUAGUUUUAGUUCUUUCUGUCAGAAUUAUCAGCUCAUCAAGGAUGUAUUGGAAUGCUGGUUUGCAUUCUGUACCCAAUGAAAAAUAAAAGGUUUCCCUGAAUUUUCUCCGUAAAUGUGAAAUUUUAGGAUUAAAAAAUAAUGUUUGGUAUGGUAAGAUAAUUGGUGACAGUUGAUACUUGAUGUACUUGCCAUAUUUUCUUGUUCACUUGAAUGCUGAACGAAUUGUUAUUGUGCAAAUGUAGAUUUAUAUAUAAUUUUGUUAUACCAAGUUGUCAAGGAGGCGAAAUCCUUCAAAUUGGAGUUGAUGUUAAAAUCACUGUUGGGAAAAUGAAAAUUGGAUAAUUUACUGAAAGGUUUUUGCAAGAAUAUGCCUUUCACUUCAUAUAGUAAUAGCAAUGUUCUCACGUCAUUUUUCUUGAGACAUCACAUGGACUACUCGAUUCUUCUCACCGAUUGUCCCGAUUGCCCCUUCUCACCGAUGACACCGUGAUUGUGUAAGAUUUUUAGAAUUUAAUUUUAAUUCACCUGCUGUCUGUUUAUUAAUGUGCAUUAUUAUGUCAGUUGAAUGUUGUUCUAUAUUUCAAAGAUGCCCUUAAAUUGUGCAAAAGAACUUAAAGUAAUUAAGAUAUAGAAUAAGUAAUAUCUGUAUAUAAUGUUUUCUAUUGCUAUUUUGUAUGAGACUGCAAUCAGUUUUGGAGUCAACUGAAGUGUGUAUUUCAGAGAGAGAAGUUUGGCUUUCUAGUGAAUAUAUAAAAAGUUGAAAUGAAUGUAGGAUAAUUGUUUGGAUAUUUACUUACUAUAGAACUCUUAUUAUGUGAUGACCUUUCUAUUAUUGGUUUAUGAUAAAAUGACUCUGCAGAUAUAAGAUAUUUUGAUGAUAGUAUUCUUUGAUAAGUUUUUACAAAACUAACAAUACAUGUCUUCUAAAUUAUUCAUUAUUAAUUUGACUCUAAUGACCAAAUU